AUGGGUUGUGAUGUAGAAGUUUCUCAAGUUCAUUGUAUUGAUUCAGUGUUCAAUGUUCAAAAUUUUGGUGCCUUUCCUGAUGGGAAGACUGAUAAUAACCAGGCAUUUUUGAAGGCAUGGAACCAAAUAUGUCAAAGCAAUGCAGGAGGCACACUCUUUAUUCCAACAGGAACUUUCUUGUUGAAUGCAAUAACAUUUAAUGGCCCAUGCAAAGGCCCAACCUAUUUUAACAUUAAUGGAGUUUUGAGAGCUCCCAUUGGGAAAUGCAAAGAUGAAUACUGGAUAUUAUUUCAGCAUAUUAAUGGGCUCACUAUUAAUGGAAAUGGUUCUUUAGAUGGCCAAGGCCCAUCUUCAUGGUCCCUAUAUAAUGCCAACACCCAAAAUCCUCCUGCGUCGAUAAAAUUCAACGGUAUGAGCAAUGCCUUAAUACAAGAUAUAGCAUCAAUCAACAGCAAGUUCUUCCACUUCCAAAUUAAUAAUUGCAAAGGAGUUCAUUUCCGGAAUGUGAACAUAACAGCACCUGGCGAUAGCCCAAAUACUGACGGGAUUCAUAUAGGCAACUCCAACGAUAUCAUUAUUAAUAAAUCAAAUAUUUCGACGGGAGAUGAUUGUAUUUCUAUUGGCCCUGGUAGUUCUAAUAUUCAUAUUUCUGAGGUUAAUUGUGGCCCUGGACAUGGCAUUAGCAUUGGAAGUUUAGGAAAGUACCAAAAUGAAGCUGAUGUGAAUGGAGUUAUAGUGACUAAUUGUACAAUUGUGAAGACUCAAAAUGGAGUAAGGAUAAAGAGUUGGGCACCUUCACCUCCUAGCAAAGUUUACAAUGUCACUUUUGAAAAUAUUAAAGUGAAUUAUGUUAAAAAUCCUAUCGUCAUUGAUCAACACUAUUGCCCUCACUCAUCUUGUAGUAAUCAGGGUGACUCACAAGUGAAGAUUUCAGAUGUUCAAUUCACUAACAUAAAAGGAACUUCAGCUUCAAAAGUGGGAGUAGUACUUGAUUGCAGCAAAAGUGUACCAUGUCAAGGAAUUGAACUAAAGGGUUUAGACUUAACUUUCAAUGGGCAAGGCACCACUACUGCAACUUGUUCAAAUGCAAAUAUGACUUUUUAUGGACAGCAAACUCCUUCUCAUUGUGCUUGA